AUGGCUUCCGAAACAGCGUUGACAUUCGGCGUCGAGCUAGAGUUUAUGGUUACCGUCAACCACAACUAUUAUAGAAAUCAAGCAGCACUAUGGGCAAUGUCAGAACUGUUCUUGAGAAAUCUGGAGAAUCUAGCAGCCCCCUUGCCUUGUGCCUGUAUCACGGCUAAACUGAACAAAUCUACGGGCCAAGGUUAUCGGAGUGACUAUCCGGGUCCCCAUAAAGUGCCUAUACAAAAGAAGGAGUGGAAGAAUCACUAUUGCUUCUCCGAGGACGUAACCGUUUAUCCGAACUUCAAAGAAGAAAUGAAAUUAGAAGCAGAAAAUAAACGCGCGGUUGGCUUGGAGGUUUCUACACGCGCUCUUGACUUUGAUAAGCAAGGAUGUCCCGAAUUGAAAACUGCUUUCGCGGCCGUUCGUAAUGGCGGCGAACUCACGAACAAGGAAAUUGCUGAAGAGUUCAAACCCUCAACUCACAGCACAGCUGGACUCCAUGUCCAUGUCGGCGUCAAAGAUGGACUCAGCCUAGAGACGGCCAGACAGGUAGCUGUUCUUGGAUGGCUUUUAGAGCCAUGCCUCUUUUCUCUCUGCAGCACUGAUCGGGGAAUGAAUUGGCAUCAUGCACCAAUCCGAAAACAAUCCAUGUUAUCACGACGCCCAUCCACAUCUGGUCACGACGAUAUGGGGGUACCGGAUUCCCUCUAG